GUGAUUGAGGCGGGAGGAGGUAGGCAGGGCGGUAGUAGUGGUGAGUGGCCAGCUCUGCCAGAUGACAUGUCGCGGACCCCUGCAUCAGCCAAGAGGAAUUAAGCUCUGUCACUCCCCGCUGGGACUACCUCCUCCUGGAUGUGUGCGAGGAAUUCACCGCUGCCUCGGUGGCCACCAGAGCAGAGCCCUGAGCACGCCGGGCCACAGCCGUGGUGAGCGAGAAUGAUAGCCGUCUCCUUCAAAUGCCGCUGUCAGAUUCUGAGGCGACUCACCAAAGAUGAGAGCCCCUACACUAAGUCCACCAGCCAGACAAAGCCGCCUGAUGGAGCGUUGGCUGUGAGGAGACAGAGCAUCCCAGAGGAAUUCAAGGGCUCCACAGUUGUUGAACUGAUGAAGAAGGAAGGUACUACACUCGGCCUGACGGUGUCGGGAGGAAUAGACAAGGAUGGCAAACCCAGGGUGUCCAACCUGCGGCAAGGAGGAAUCGCUGCCAGAAGUGACCAGCUAGAUGUGGGGGACUACAUCAAGGCUGUGAACGGGAUCAACCUGGCCAAGUUCCGUCAUGACGAGAUCAUCAGCCUGCUGAAGAACGUGGGGGAGAGGGUGGUGCUGGAGGUGGAGUACGAGCUGCCGCCUGUCGCUGUUCAAGGAUCAAGUGUCAUUUUCCGAACAGUGGAAGUCACGUUACACAAAGAAGGCAACACCUUUGGUUUUGUAAUACGAGGGGGAGCUCAUGAUGACAGAAACAAAUCUCGCCCAGUUGUGAUAACAUGUGUCCGUCCCGGAGGGCCUGCUGACAGAGAAGGCACCAUCAAACCUGGCGACAGGCUGCUCAGCGUGGACGGGAUCCGGCUUCUUGGAACCACGCACGCGGAGGCCAUGAGCAUCCUGAAGCAGUGUGGGCAGGAGGCGACCCUGCUGAUCGAGUAUGACGUCUCCGUGAUGGAUUCUGUGGCAACAGCAUCCGGGCCACUGCUCGUGGAAGUUGCCAAAGCUCCUGGUGCCAGCCUCGGGGUUGCCCUCACUGCCUCCAUGUGCUGUGACAGGCAGGUCAUCGUCAUCGACAAGAUCAAGUCCGCGAGCAUCGCAGACAGGUGUGGCGCCCUGCAUGUGGGGGACCACGUCCUGUCCAUCGAUGGUACCAGCACGGAGCACUGCACGCUGGCCGAGGCGACCCAGUUCCUGGCCAACACCACCGAUCAGGUCAAGCUGGAGAUUCUCCCCCAUCACCAGACCCGCCUGGCCCUGAAGGGACCCGACCACGCAGCUCUGGUAUCCUCAUCCUUCUCCCCGACCUCCAUGAGCGCAUACAGCCUGAGCUCCCUGAACAUGGGGACCCUGCCACGGAGCCUCUACUCCACCAGCCCACGUGGAACCAUGAUGCGGAGGAGAGUGAAGAAGAAAGACUUUAAGAGCUCAUUGUCCUUGGCCUCCAGCACCGUGGGCCUGGCUGGGCAGGUCGUUCACACAGAAACCACAGAGGUGGUGCUGACGGCAGACCCCGUCAUGGGGUUCGGGAUCCAGCUGCAGGGCAGUGUGUUUGCCACCGAGACGCUCUCCUCCCCACCUCUGAUCUCCUACAUCGAGGCUGACAGCCCAGCGGAGAGGUGUGGCGUGCUGCAGAUCGGAGACAGAGUGGUGGCCAUCAAUGGGGUCCCCACGGAGGACAGCACCUUCGAGGAGGCUAACCAGCUGCUCAGAGACUCCUCCAUCACCAGCAAGGUCACCCUGGAGAUCGAGUUCGACGUUGCAGAGUCCGUCAUCCCAAGUAGUGGAACAUUUCACGUGAAGCUCCCUAAGAAGCACAGCGUGGAACUCGGAAUAACCAUAAGUUCACCAUCCAGCAGAAAACCAGGGGACCCCCUCGUCAUUUCAGACAUCAAGAAAGGAAGUGUGGCACACAGAACUGGAACCCUGGAACUUGGGGAUAAAUUACUUGCAAUAGAUAACAUCCGGCUGGACAACUGUUCCAUGGAAGAUGCCGUUCAGAUCCUCCAGCAGUGUGAAGACCUGGUGAAGCUCAAAAUCCGCAAAGAUGAAGAUAAUUCAGAUGAGCAAGAAAGUUCCGGAGCAAUUAUUUACACCGUGGAGCUUAAGCGCUACGGGGGGCCCCUUGGCAUCACGAUUUCAGGAACUGAAGAGCCGUUUGAUCCUAUAAUCAUUUCAAGCCUCACUAAAGGGGGAUUAGCUGAAAGAACCGGUGCCAUCCACGUCGGAGACCGAAUCCUCGCCAUCAACAGCAGCAGCUUGAAAGGGAAGCCUCUGAGUGAAGCCAUCCACCUGCUACAGAUGGCAGGGGAGACGGUCACCUUGAAAAUUAAGAAGCAGACAGAUGCCCAGUCAGCAUCAAGUCCCAAGAAGUUCCCCCUUGCCAGCCACAUGAGUGACCUGGGGGACACCGAGGAGGACUCCCCUCCAGCGCAGAAACCAGGCAAGCUCUCCGACAUGUACCCCUCCACGGUGCCCAGUGUGGACAGCGCCGUGGACUCAUGGGACGGGUCUGCAGUGGACACCAGCUACGGGACUCAUGGCGCGGGUUUUCAGGCCCCAGGAUACAAUUUCAACACCUAUGACUGGAGGAGCCCGAAACCAAGAAGCAGUUUGUCCCCAGGCUGUAAGCCUCGGAGCCAGACGUACCCAGACGUGGGGCUGAGCAGCGAAGACUGGGACCAGUCCACAGCCAGCGGCUUUGAAGGGGCCCCCGAAGGCACCGACGCCGAGCGAGAGGAAAGCUUCUGGUCCCAAGCGCUGGAGGACCUGGAGACCUGUGGCCAGUCGGGCAUCCUGCGAGAGCUGGAGGCAACAAUCAUGUCGGGGAGCACACUGAGCUUGAAUCGCGAGGCUCCAACAGCCCGCAGCCAGCUGGGGCGGCAGGCCAGCUUCCAGGAACGGGGCAGUGCACGGCCACACUACAGCCAGACCACUCGGAGCAACACCCUGCCCUCCGACGUGGGCAGGAAGUCUGUGCCCCUGCGGAAAGUGAAACAAGACAUGAAGGAGGUCGUGUCCCAGACCCCCGUGGAGCUGCACAAGGUGACCUUGUACAAGGGCUCUGACAUGGAGGACUUCGGGUUCAGUGUAGCAGAUGGCUUGCUGGAGAAAGGCGUGUAUGUCAAAAAUAUCCGCCCAGCUGGGCCAGGGGACCUGGGUGGCCUAAAGCCCUAUGACAGGCUCUUACAGGUCAACCACGUCCGGACAAGAGACUUCGACUGCUGCCUGGUGGUGCCCCUCAUCGCAGAGUCUGGCAGCAGGCUGGACCUGGUCAUCAGCAGGAGCCCAGUGGCUGCACAGAAGCCCGUGGAGCAGGCUCUCCCGGGGGGAGACUGGAGUGAGCAGAACUGUGCGUUCUUCCAGCAGCCUCGCCAUGGCGGGAACCUGGAGGCGAGAGAACCCACUAAUACGUUAUAG